AUACUUUGGACAAGCCGUGGGAUUUUAGAAAUCGAGGGUUGUGGCAGAGGGGGACUAAGGCUGCUUCAUGGAAGCGACUGGAACCAGAUGAACCUCUGUAGCAUCCUUACAGCUGUUCUGUGAGCGCAGGGUGAUUAUUUACAGGUGGAAGUAAAAGGAACUCCUUAAUAUGAGUGAUGAUAAACCCUUCCAGUGCACUGCUCCUGGGUGUGGACAGAGAUUCACUAAUGAAGACCAUUUGGCUGUCCACAAACACAAACAUGAGAUGACACUGAAGUUUGGCCCAGCAAGGAAUGACAAUCUUAUCAUUGCAGACCAAACUCCUACACCCACCCGCUUUUUAAAGAAUUGCGAGGAAGUUGGUCUCUUUAACGAACUUGCAAGUCCGUUCGAUCAUGACUUCAAAAAAUCGACUGAAGAUGACAUCAAAAAGCUACCCCUGGAUUUGUCACCUCUUGCUACACCAAUUAUACGCAACAAAAUUGAGGAACCCACAGUUAUAGACGCACAUAGAGACAGCCCGCUGCCUCAUCCUGAAUCCACUACAAGUGAUGAUAAGGACUUAUCUUUGCAGCCAGCCUCACUGCCAACAUCCACUAUAGUCCACCCUGCAUCCCUCCAAGUUCCCAAUGUACUUCUAGCAACCACAGAGGCUAGUGUUGUAAUACAGCCAGCUCUCCCAUCGCCAACAUCUAGCUCUGUUAUUACCCAAGUCCCCUCCACUAAUAGGCCUAUAGUCCCAGUGACUGGUACCUUCCCUGUGCUCUUACAGUUGCCUAAUGGCCAGACCAUGCCAGUUGCAAUACCUGCAUCGAUUACAAGCUCAAGUGUACAUAUCCCAACUACAAUCCCACUUGUCAGACCUGUCACCGUAGUGCCUGCCGUCCCUGGAAUCCCUGGACCUCCCUCGCCACAGCCUCAGCCCGUCCAAUCAGAAGCAAAGCUGGUCUUAACACCGAAUCGGGAUUUGAAGUCGGACAACCAAAAUCACUUCCCUGAUCCACCUCAGAGGAAACUGAAAGCCACAUUAAGCCAGCAGCUUCCUCAGGUAACCAAUGGAGAUGGAGGCGAGGUCCAGAGCAGUGCAGUAACCCACACCGUUAAUCCCGCUUCCCCUGCUCCGACCCCGACUCCAGUCCCGACUCCAACCCCGGUGCCGGCUGCGAUCCUAACUCCGGCUCCCCAACUGCCUACAACUGAGGAAGCCUCCACACAUUCCCUUCAGCAGCCAGCCACCUCCACCACAGAAACACCCGCUUCCCCUGCCCCUCCUGUGCCAAACCCUCCAACCACAGGGGGCCGGCGGCGCAGAACCACCAGCGAAGACCCCGAUGAGAAGAGACGCAAGUUCCUAGAGCGUAACCGGGCCGCAGCUUCUCGCUGUCGGCAGAAGAGGAAAGUGUGGGUCCAGUCUCUGGAAAAGAAGGCCGAGGACCUGGGCUCCAUGAAUACACAACUACAGAAUGAAGUCACCCUGCUGAGAAACGAAGUGGCUCAGCUGAAGCAGCUUCUUCUGGCUCAUAAAGAUUGCCCUGUAACCGUCAUGCAGAAGAAGUCUGGCUAUCACAUCUCCGACAAAGACGAAAGCUGCGAGGAGAUGUCCGUCCCCAGCAGCCCGCAGAAUGAGGCCAUCCAGCACAGCUCCGUCAGCACCUCCAACGGGGUCAGCAGCUCCUCCUCCUCCUCAACGACCCCGGCGGUCUCAGCCCCACCCAGCGCCGCUGCGGCCACAUCAAAGCAGAGCACAGAGGAGAGCCAACCGCGGAGGGCCAGCACCCGGUCCCAGCCUUCAGGGAGCUGAUCAUCCCAAACUGUUCCAGAGCAUCCCACACUGGAGCGCUAAUGGCCCUCAAACCUUUUUGUGACAAACAGAGGAAAGGGGCUCUCUCUCGGCUUCAGUUGUGGACCAUACACUUUAAUUUAUUCUUGAUUGUUUGGGUAAAUGUUUGUUAACUUUUGUACUUGAUAGUCUAUGCUUUUAAAGAUGCAAUGUUUUCUCUUCACAAAAGAAAAGCACUUUAGGUGUAACUUGUACAAAAUGUUGCUUUUAAUUGUUUUCAUAUAUGUUUGACUUAUUUAUUUUGUACGGCAGCAAAAAACAAAAAAGUAUUUAACAAAUUAACAUUUUCUCAACUAUUCUACUUCUAACGGGGUUAUUGAGAUGAAAUCCACACCUAAUCUUGGUUACAACAAAACUGUGUGCACAUAAGAAUUAUUUUUAAUAAACUAGGAUUUAGCUUAUUAACUAUGUAAAAUUGGAUGGAACUUAGAGCAACCUUUUUGGUAAUAACAGCUUCAAUACAAGAAAAACAACCCACACUGUCAGGUUCCUACCUCCAAACUUAGCUGCUGGUGUGGCAUUUUUGGGUUGACAUCCAACGCUAUUUUUCACCAAAACAUGUUGUGUCCAAAGGCAUCCUAACAGUUUAAUUUUAGUCUGAUUCUCACUGUAUUUCAUUGACUUGCCAAAGUAUUUUACAGUAAACUUUAAAUGAGCAUCAGAAUGUUUUCUUUUUUCUUCAGCAGAGAAGUCUUGCACUUGCACCCCAGGUUGAGUGACUUAUUUUCAUUUUCAGGGAAAAAGUGAACUUGCUAAAUCUAUCUGAAUUUCUCUUUGAUUGGUCCUUUGUUCUCGAGCAACUCUUCUGAGUAUUCUAUUGACUCCUCUGUCAUCAACUCAAUGAUGCGCCGAAGUGCUAAGACUCAAAUCGGAAAAAUGCAACUGCAGUGGAAUCAGUAUGUUUUGCAGCAAUAAUGUUGGAAAGGUCUUGAAAAAACUCUUUGCUUUUAUCAAUCAUGAGAUACUUAUUCAUAUGCCAUUUAAUUGGACUAAACCUAAUGAUAUUGAUUUGUACUGAUAUAGAGGAUAGCUUUCUAAAUGCUAGCAGAUUUGUUUUGUUUUCUGGCUUUCUGUGACUUUUUUCAACUUUUUCUGCUUAAUGAUUAUCCGCUCCCACUGCACCUUAUUACACACGUCUGAAUUUAUGUAUCUAUUCGUUUUGAUUUCUUUCUAUAUUUGCAUUAUUUUGGUUCUCACUAACCUAUGGUGUGAAUUUCAUGCAAAUAUUCCCAUUUGAAAACUACUUACUGAGAAAAAAGUUAAGGUGUUUAACACUUAUAUUACCUGCUGUAUCUUAUUCUUUUUCAAUUGAAGGCAGUCAUUUACUCCAUCAUUAAGUUUACCAAAGUGCUUAGAGGCUCAUUUUGUCUUAACUGAUUUAUAAGCACUCUCUUUGAUGAAGGUUUUUUUUUUUUGUAUUUUGUAUUUUUUGACCAUUUUGCACAUAUUUAAGAGAUGACGGGUUUUACUUUUCAAGAGUUUGUUGAGCACUGGCAGCUUUUUAGAAGUAGAUUUUUGAAUGCUGACACAAACAUUACUUAGCUGAAUUUGGCUGAGCUCAGCCGUAGUGUUGUAGUGCAAGUCUGAAUGUUUGAGCUCACCUCUGCAUGUAAAAUAGUCUGAGGGAGGAGAGCUGCUUAGAUCUGUGUGUUUUCUCAUUAACAUUCCAGCUGUAGCCUGAUUGUCCCUGAAGCAGUGAUUGUAGGAUUGCAGUACCUUUUUCUUUCUAUUUUUCAGUCUGUGGUGAUGUUGACCUUAUUCAGUGCCAUUAAUGUAUUUUGCAUAAAUACCUUCUGUAAAAUUUUUUAAAUGCCAAUUAAGCUUGAGUUGAUUGUUGUUUUCCCAGAUUUAAAGGGGCCCAUGAACAUGUUUGUUCUGCAGAGAUUUUCCUGCUUCGUAAACUGUUCGCUUUGCAAGUGACUCUUUAUGGCUUUAGCAUAUAAUGCAAAACUCUUCAGAACAUUAAGGUUUCCGUGAACAAGAACAUUUUUAGGAAACAUUGUAAAAAAAGCCAUCAAUGUAUCAUAUGUUGUCCUUCUUAAUAUUUGAUUUGAUAGGGCUUUAGGAUCUCAGCUCCAUUAGCUGUUAAACUGACUCUUUAGGAUGCACCUCUUAUUGACUCAAUAGGGUUAUCAUGUAAAAUGCCAUCAUUCAGAUGUGAACUGGAAUUACAUUAGUUACACUACAGCUAAAGCUCCUGAGUCAUUAUGACUAUUGAAGUAACCGUAAGAAACAAAUUUCAACUUUAAAAGUCAGUUUGCCUUUUCCUUCUUAGUCUGUACUGGCUUACUACUGUGUAGUUUUAUAAACAGCUAACACAUUGUUUUCUUAAGAUGUGAUUUUUAAGGUUUUAUUGUUAUGUGCUAUCUGCAUGAGAUAACAAUUCUCUGCGAGAAUUUUACUGUUUAUGUCUGAAUUAAGAAAACAAUAUGAAACAAGUUAUUACAACUUGACUUGUAGACGUUUCUGUGAUUUUUGUUUUUGUUUAUUUCACCCUAGCUGUAUGGCUACAAACGGGUUGUGAUACUGUGUUGACAGUGUAAUUGUAAUGUGAAAGUUCUGUAAAAAAAAAAAAUUAACUGAUAAGUUGUUGUAAUAAACCUUUUAAUAACUCUUUAAA